AUGGCAGUACGUAAAAAUCUGAUCAUUGACACGGACUUGCACAGCGAUGUCGAUGAUGCAGGCGCAUUAGGGUUAGGCGCUACCCUACCCAAUUUGAACCUUCUCGGUGUCAACGUCAACCAUCCUUGCUCAUAUUCCGCUCUCGCAGCAUCUGCUAUUCUCGCGCAUUAUGGACACUCGAACACACCUAUUGGCAUCCGUCGUCCAAUGAAUAAAGAGACGUUCUUCGACGGUUGGGACUUCAAGCGCGGCGAAUAUACAAGUAAAGUGGCCUAUCACUGGUCCGGAGGUACUCUGCCAUGGGGGAAGGCGAAGGACGCAUGGGAUCCAGUUGCCUUGUACAGAAAACUGCUUUCUGAAGCUGAAAACGGAAGUGUUACAAUUGCUUCCAUCGGCUUCCUUGACAAUUUGUCCGGACUCCUCAAUUCCAAAGCGGAUGAAUUCUCCGAGCUUGAUGGCCGUGAGCUUGCUAAAACAAAAGUAGCAGAGUUGGCUAUCAUGGGGGGCAAGUAUCCAAAAGGUCGUAGCUGGAACUUCUGGGGCUCUAACCCUUCCCUUGCCGCUCAUGUGUUGGACACAUGGGACGGCCUGAUAACGUUCUUGGGCGACGAUGUCGGCAAACAUGUAUUGGCAGGCGGACCGCUAAUGGCAAGUGAUCUUAAGGAUGACCCGAUCAGAAUGGCCUACAUCUACUAUGGUUUUGGGGAGCCGCUACCGAGCUGGGACCCUCUUACGGUUCUUUAUUGUGCGAAUGGCCUGGGGAGCGUGUUUGAGGUCGCAGAACGAUGCGGGUACAACAAGAUCAAUGCCGACGGGUCUAACGAGUGGGUGUAUGACGGCACACCGAGAGGGCGACAAUACUUGAGAUUGAAGGUCGGCAAUGAAAUUGCUGCCACGGAGUUGGACUGUCUCUUUCUGGUGGCUGCGCAAAGAUUCUCUAAGCACACAGGCUCGACCUAG